CCCCCCCCCCCCCGUUGGCACGAGCGGGCUGCCGGCGAUGGCCGCACAGCUGGCACCACACACGCAAGGUGCAACAUGGCAUGCCUAAAGAUGCCAACCCGCUCUCCACUGCCUGCCCCCACCCCCACCUCCCCGAACCCCACCUCCCCCAACUCUGCCCAGUACCCCAAGUCUGUCCGUGCUGAUUCCUCCGCCUUCGCCCAUCAGACCAGAGCCCCUCGGCAGGCUCCCUCUGGUAGCACCCCUGCCCAUGCCAGACCCUGGGUUGCCAGCUUGCGUUUCACCAUGCUGCCCUUCCCAGCACGUGCCCACUGUGCCAGCCCUGCUGCCCGGGCACGGGUCUCCGCUGCCAGUCUCUCCUCGGCCGCCCUCUUCUUCUCCUCCCCCCACUUCUUCCUCCUAGUCCUCCUCUUCCUCGGUGGACUGCUGCCCUCAUCGGCGGCGUCUGGCGUGCGGGAGCGCUCGGCGGCCGUGCCGCGUGCGGUGGCCCGCUCAGUGGCGCGCAUGGACGGUGACGUGAUCAUCGGUGCGCUCUUCUCCGUGCACCACCAGCCGUCGGCGGAUGCCGUGGCGGAGCGCCAGUGCGGCGAGGUGCGCGAGCAGUACGGCAUCCAGCGCGUGGAGGCAAUGUUCCACGCCCUGGACCGCAUCAACGCCGACCCGGCGCUGCUGCCCAACAUCACGCUGGGCUGCGAGAUCCGCGACUCCUGCUGGCAUUCGUCCGUGGCGCUCGAGCAGAGCAUCGAGUUCAUCCGCGACUCGCUCAUCUCCAUCCGAGAGGACGACCAGCUGCUCCAGCUCCAACAGCAGCAGGCAGGAGGAGUGCCGGUCAAGUUGUGUGUGGACGGACCUGGAGCUGGAGGCGGAGGUGCAGGUGCAGGAAACGCUGAGAAGAAGAGGCCCAUCGCUGGGGUGAUCGGCCCGGGCUCCAGCUCGGUGGCCAUCCAGGUGCAGAACCUCCUGCAGCUCUUCAACAUCCCGCAGAUCGCCUACAGCGCCACCAGCACUGACCUGAGCGAUAAGGCACUCUUUAAGUACUUCCUGCGGGUCGUGCCCUCUGACGUGCUCCAGGCCCGUGCCAUGCUGGAUAUAGUCAAGCGCUACAACUGGACCUAUGUGUCGGCCGUGCACACCGAAGGUAACUACGGCGAGAGUGGCAUGGAGGCCUUUAAGGAGCUGGCGGCGGAGGAGGGUCUGUGCAUCGCCCAAUCAGACAAGAUCUACAGCAACGCCGGGGAGCGCCACUUCGACCGGCUGCUCCGCAAGCUGAGGGAAAGGCUGCCCAAGGCCCGCGUGGUCAUCUGCUUCUGCGAGGGCAUGACUGUGAGGGGGCUACUGAUGGCUAUGAGACGCCUGGGAGUGGCGGGGGAGUUUCUGCUCAUUGGCAGUGAUGGAUGGGCAGAUCGUUACGAGGUGGUGGAGGCAUAUGAGCAAGAGGCGGAUGGCGGGAUCACCCUGAAGCUCCAGACGGAGGAGGUGCAGUCCUUCAAUGACUACUUCCUGCAGCUGCGCCUGGACACCAACAAACGGAACCCCUGGUUCUCCGAGUUCUGGCAGCACCGGUUCCAGUGCCGCAUUCCAGGACACCCGCGGGAGAACCUCAACUUCCAGAAAAUCUGCACAGGCAAUGAGAGCCUGCAAGAGCACUAUGUCCAGGACAGUAAAAUGGGUUUCGUCAUCAACGCCAUCUUCGCCAUGGCGCACGGCCUUCACGACAUGCAGCAGGCUCUGUGUCCGGAACGUUCCGGACUGUGCGAAGCCAUCGAUCCCAUCGACGGGCGGCUGCUGCUGGAAUACCUGCUCAAGACGUCCUUUACAGGGGUGUCAGGAGAGGAGGUGUACUUUGAUGAGAAUGGAGACACACUGGGAAGGUAUGACAUCAUGAACCUGCAGUACGUGGAGCACACGGGUCGCUAUGACUACAUCAAUGUGGGCAUGUGGCACGAGGGGAUGCUGAGCGUGGACGACGAGAAGCUGCUGAUGAACCGCAGCGAAAUGGUGCGCUCCGUCUGCAGCGAGCCCUGCUCUAAAGGCCAGAUCAAGGUGAUUCGUAAGGGGGAGGUGAGCUGCUGCUGGAUCUGCACCACCUGUAAGGACAACGAGAUUGUGCAGGACGAGUUCACCUGCCGAGCCUGCGAGCUGGGCUGGUGGCCAGACGACGACCUGCAAUUCUGCCAGCCCCUGCCUCUGAUGUACCUGGAGUGGAGCAACGUGGAGUCCAUCGUGGCCGUGGUCUUCUCCUGCCUGGGCAUUCUGGUCACAUUCUUCGUUACCCUGAUCUUUGUGCAGUACCGCGACACGCCCGUGGUCAAGUCGUCCAGCCGCGAACUCUGCUUCAUCAUCCUGAUCGGCAUCUUCCUGGGCUACAUCUGCCCCUUCACCCUCAUCGCCCGCCCCACCGUGUUCUCCUGCUACUUGCAGCGCCUCCUGGUGGGCCUCUCCGCAGCCAUGUGCUACUCCGCACUGGUCACCAAGACCAACCGCAUCGCCCGCAUCCUGGCCGGCAGCAAGAAGAAGAUCUGCACCAAGAAGCCGCGCUUCAUGAGCGCCUGGGCCCAGAUGGUCAUCGCGUUUAUGCUCAUCAGUCUGCAGCUCAUCCUGGAGAUCACCCUGAUCGUGCUGGAACCCCCUUUGCCAGUCAAGUCCUACCCGUCCAUCCGCGAGGUGUUCCUCAUCUGCAACACGUCCAACGUCGGGGUGGUGGCGCCGCUCGGAUACAACGGCCUGCUCAUCCUCAGCUGCACGUACUACGCCUUCAAGACGCGCAACGUGCCGGCUAACUUCAACGAGGCCAAGUACAUCGCCUUCACCAUGUACACCACCUGCAUCAUCUGGCUGGCCUUCGUGCCCAUCUACUUUGGCUCCAACUACAAGAUCAUCACCACCUCCUUCUCCGUCAGCCUGAGUGUCACCGUGGCGCUGGGCUGCAUGUUCACGCCGAAGAUAUACAUCAUCAUCGUCAAGCCCGAGCGGAACGUCCGCAGCGCGUUCACCACCUCCGACGUGGUGCGCAUGCACGUGGGCGACGGCAAGGCCACUUGUCGCCGUAGCAACAGCCUCCUCAACAUAUUCCGACGGAAGAAGAACAACAACAACACUGCCGCUGCUGCUCCUGCGACCACAGCCAAUCCCGGUAGUGGAAAUUCUAAUGGAAAGUCUGUGUGCUGGUCUGACUCAGGUGGCAGACCACAGACGACCCCCCAGCGGACGCCGCCGCCCCGCCAGUCUGUGUGUGUGACGAGACCAACGCCCCCCCCAAGCCAGACAGCAAUCAUCCGACCCCUAACUAGCUCCCAAACGCCCCCACGCACCCCUGCUUCCAACCCGCAGCAAGAACACAAGACCUCACAGGAGGACCUGGGGAUGAUAGCAUCGCACCCCCAUCACACAAUUGGCAUGACCCGAGAGGAAGGAGGGACACUCUCUGAUUUGUCUGUUAAGACAGAGGAGCGUACCAGUGACGGGCAGCAGGGGGGAUCACUGGACACGCUGAGUACUAAUGUUCCCACGGAUCACCUGUUGGUAGUCACCUCUGACGAGCAGUCGCUGACCAAUCAGCUGCCUCUGUUUAUGGACGAGGGUGGGGUUUUGGACGGUGGGGCGUUUGACCUCAUGGAGGACUUCCUGUCUGAGGAGGAAGAGGCAGAGACUCAGAGCAAGAUGAGUCUGCUGACCCCGCCCUCUCCAUUCAGAGACAUCUCAACGCCAGGGUCGCCCGUCUCCCACGGAAACGACCUCUGCUCCUCCGAGGUCCUGCUCCCUGGCACCAUCGCUCAGAUUAACUGUAGGCACAGCUCCUCGACACUUUGAGAGUCACAAGCAUUUGCUGAUCGAUUAUAAACCCAUUAACACGGCAUUCAUCUACUGAACUGAAUAAUUCAUCUUGCGAUAUCCUUUUGGUUGCUUGCCAAGUGUAGUGUAUGUUAUAACUGAGGGAUAAAUCAAAACAGAGGGAUGACACAUCUUGUUGAAAAAAGACUCAAAAGUACAGACUUGAGGAAUAAAGUGGAAGAGAGAUAUAAUGAUAACAAGACGGAAUACGGUCUUAACCUCUACAGCUCUGUUCAAUGACUGUCUUCACUUUUGAAUUUCCAGAGUUCAAAGGUCACCCCUUUUUUUUUCCCUGCUUGGGCUGACUGCCUUACACCUUACUGCAAAACACACACAGCCAGUUUAUACUGACAUGCUGUCACACACACACACACACACAGGUAUAAACGCACACUCACUAGUACUCUCUUGCACAUGCUCACCCUCUACCCCAUAUCCCCUUUCCAUAAGUGGUAUUUCAGUGAAAGGGACUUGAUUGUACUGUUAACUCAUUUGUUCCACAGUUUGAUCAGGACUCAAUGAAAGAAACUCAGUUUGAAAGAACUGUCUUUUGUUUUGUGCCAGUGUAAUAUUCUCUGUCCAUUCUGUUCGUUUCGGACGUUUGUAUACCGUUCAGCCUUGCGCCUUUUCUGCACCGAUGGUCAGUUUGUACCAUAAAUGUUUGUACAAUAUGAUUAGAAUGUUACAUAUUUAUACAUGUUUUUUUUUUUUUUUUGCCUUUGGUGCUGGUAGAGUUGCGGAAAUCAAUUAAGCUGUGCUUUCUUUCUGAAAUGUUUAUGAAUUAAAAUGGGCUAGUUGCUUCUAGUGGUGAAAUGUUGCGUCUACGGUAAAUCACGCUUGAUUCUGUAAUUUAAAAAAUCUGUACUAGUUUACUGAAUUAGGAUUUAUAGAAGUGCUAGGACGCAGCCUUUCGGGUUAUUAAGAAACAUUCAUGUAAUAAGCUAUUAUAGUUGUUAUACUAUGAAAAUGUUUAUGUUACUGUAUUUUAGUGGGGUUAAAUUAUUCGGUGUACCUGAGGUAAUAAAAGUAAUCACUGCAUUGUCAUUCUGGACAGGGAUUCGUUUUUGAGAAGACAAUCUGAUGCUGUAAAAUAAAUUGUUUUAUAGUUAA